AUGAUGGUCACCCUGGACAACCGUGCCCAGCCGCCGGGCAUUCCAACCACCCACCCGGUCCAGCAGGCUGUCCAAGAACCAAUCGAUCUGCUCAUCUUGGGCGCCGGAUGGUCUGCCGGAUUCUUGAUCUCUUAUCUCGAUGAAAAUCAGAAACACUUGACGUAUCGGACAACGACGACUUGUGGAGGAGGACGAUACAACUCCAUCAAGUUCAAGUUCGAUCCCACAGCCGACCUAUCUAAAUCAAGAAAGGAAGAAGAAAAAGUUCAAGAGUCGACGAACCAGUUCGAGAGCUUGCCUGACGCGCGCUCAAUCCUCAUCAGCUUCCCCGUCAAAAAUUCCGGCGCCUCCUCCUUUCUAGUCCAUUCUUAUCUCAGGUCCAGAUCUUCCUCUUCUUUGCUGGGCAACAGUAACGACCCAAAUCUUAAGGAUCAUUUCGUCAACUUCAUUCAGCUCGGAAGUACCGGGAUAUUUGAUGGAGGGCCGACGUUGAGUUCUCAAAGCAGUGAGGAAAAGAACAAGACAAAAGAGGAGGAGGAAGGAAAGAUGAUAUGGAUUGACCGACAUUCGAAGUAUGACAAGACAAAUGCACGAGCGGAAUCGGAGGACGAGUUACUGCAGCUCAACGGAAGCAAGCCGAUCAGCAAGCUAGAAGUACGAACGACGGUGAUGAAUCUAUCGGGGCUGUGGGGCGGAAGCCGAAGCAUACGAAACUAUGUGGGCAAGGUAGCACCGAGCAUAGAAGCGCUGAGCAUGAAGACGAGCGUGCACAUGAUCCAUGGACUGGAUGUGGCCCGGGCGAUAGUUGCGGUGAUCGACCGUUUCGACCUGGCCGCCGGCCAACGAUGGAUCCUCACCGACCAACGCGUUUAUGACUGGUGGGACCUCGCCUCCGCUUGGGGCCUCUCAGCCCUCGACAACGCACAUUCUCAUCAAACAAUCGGACCCCAAGCCCACUGGGUUAAUCAACUCAUGCAAGAACAUAAUAUUCGCGCGUUGCCCAGACCUCCUUCCGCACUCGGUAGAGCCCUCGACAGUCGUCAGUUUUGGGACACCUUCGGACUCACUCCUGUUCGUGCUAGAAUGGAACUCCUUGCUUGA